AUGGCAGAGGCACCGCCUCCUUCAGGCCCCAAGAAGCCAGACAUCCAGCCAGGGCCUGGCCGUGGGCAGGUCGCCGGGCGCGGAAUGCCGGCUGCGCCACUCAGCUCAGCUCCAGCUGGCCUUGCGGGACCAGUUCGUGGCGUGGGUGGACCUGCGGCGAUCCAGAUGCAGCCGAAAGCCGGAGGAGCUUUGCCAGCUCCCGGUGGAGCCCCGCCGGGAAUGCCUCCAGGGUUCCCAGCCAGGCCGCCUGGAAUGCCGGGAAUGGUCCCCCCGGGAAUGCCGGGCAUGCCUCCCGGUAUGCCUCCUCCGGGUAUGCCAGGCAUGGGUCGCGGCAUGCCACCCAUGGGCCGGGGAGCGUGA